CUAGACAUUCAAUGAGUUUUUUAUAAGAGAAUUGAAGCCUGGGGCACGACCAAUUUCCUGCUUAGAGCGCAGUGAUAUCGCUGUUUGUGCAGCUGAUAGCCGCCUUAUGGCAUUCAACAAUGUUACUGAUGCCGCAAGAUUUUGGAUUAAGGGCCGAAAAUUUUCCAUCCAAGGGCUUUUAGGGAAUGAAGCAUGCUCCAAUGAAUUUAUUGAUGGAAGUUUGGUGAUAUUUAGGUUGGCACCACAGGAUUACCAUCGUUUCCAUUUUCCCGUCUCUGGAACUAUUGAGAAAUUUAUAAGUAUACCUGGAUGCUUAUAUACAGUGAAUCCUAUCGCUGUCAACAGCAAGUAUUGUAAUGUUUUCACAGAGAACAAGAGAGUUGUAUCAAUAAUAUCAACAGAGGACUUUGGAAAGGUUUGAUGUUUUGAAAAUUCGGCUUAAGUUCACAAUUUUAUGCCUUCUUUUCUCUAAGAACUAUAACAUUCCUGUUAUUUAGAAGAUCAGCAUGUUAUCAAAUCUAUGGAUCACUGUUUCUUAUGCUAUUUGUGUAAGCCACUUAUGAUUUUCCCAUAUGUAUCAAAUCUGGAACAGCCUAACGAAUUUUUAGAGUUAUAUGCAUGAGUAGUCCAUGUGGUCUUUCAUAAGUGGGUUAAUAGUCCUCGAACUUCCAAAGCUUGCAAAAUAGUCCUUGUGGUCAACGAACCAUUGCAAAAUCAGUCCCUCUGUUAGAGAAUUCGUGAAAUGUGCACAACAUGCAAAGAUGUGAAUCAGGUGGCCCUUGUUGCAAUAGGAGCAACAAUGGUUGGCAGCAUCACUUUUUCAAAGAAGGAGCAUGACUAUGCUCGCAAGGGAGACGAGUUUGGAUAUUUCUCCUUUGGUGGAAGUACAGUGAUUUGUGUCUUUGAGAAGGGGUCAAUAAAGAUAGAUGAGGACCUCUUGGAAAAUAGCGCGCGAUCACUUGAGACAUUAGUUUUGGUGGGAAUGCAGUUGGGCGUAUCCAUAAAGAAACAUGCUGGUGUCCGGUCAAAACUUGAAAAUCUUUCUAUUGAAACAUGACCGAGUUUGCUUUCUAUGAUUAUAUAUGUCACUUGGAGGAACAAACACGAGAAUGUGUGGGAUUUCAUUUCCUUAAUCACGCUUCAGGUGAAUAUCAUUCUGACGCCUAAUUAAUCUUAUUGUUUAUGCAUACAUCCUUGUAUGUGCUUUAACAUUGUUAAUUCUACAAAUUUUUCUUUAGGUAAAAAAAACUGUCACAGAACAU